AACUGCGCACGCAAUCACCGGAACUAGAAUACGAUUUUGAGAAUUGAAAAAUGACAGAAAUGUAUUAUUUAAAAUUAGAAGAAAUAUAAUGUAGAUGACCAAGAAUAAUGGAUUUUAAUCGACAAGUGGAUUCAGGCAUCCUCCGUCGUAACCCACAGGAUGAUUUUGAGCUCAUCCAGCGUGUGGGGAGCGGAACUUACGGCGAUGUUUAUAAGGCAAGAAAUCUAAAUACAGAUGAAUUAGCAGCAAUUAAGAUGAUAAAAUUAGAACCAGGGGAUGAUUUUGCCAUUAUACAGCAAGAAAUUGUUAUGAUGAAAGAUUGCAAACAUAAAAAUAUUGUGGCUUACUUUGGGAGCUAUUUAAGGAGAGAAAAGUUAUGGAUUGCAAUGGAGUUUUGUGGAGGUGGAUCUAUGCAGGAUAUUUAUCACAUCACUGGUCCACUGAAUGAGUCACAGAUAGCUUUUUUAUGUAGAGAGACGUUACAGGGAUUAGGGUAUCUACAUAGCAAGGGUAAAAUGCACAGAGAUAUAAAGGGUGCUAAUAUACUGUUAACAGAUGAUGGAGAUGUCAAGUUAGCUGAUUUUGGUGUGUCAGCACAGAUAACAGUGACAAUGUGUAAAAGAAAGUCUUUCAUUGGUACGCCAUAUUGGAUGGCACCAGAGGUAGCAGCAGUAGAAAGGAAGGGAGGCUACAAUCAACAGUGUGAUAUUUGGGCAGUGGGCAUUACAGCAAUAGAAUUUGCAGAAUUACAACCUCCAAUGUUUGAUCUUCAUCCUAUGAGAGCAUUGUUUCUUAUGUCUAAAAGUGGAUUUAAACCUCCAACACUCAAAGAUAAAACCAAAUGGUCCCCAGUCUUUCAUCAUUUUAUUAAAGUUGCUUUAACUAAAAACCCUAAGAAAAGACCCACAGCUGAUAAACUUUUAGAGCAUCCGUUUUUCCAAGCAGACCUAGGUCGGAGAGUGACUAAAGAAUUAUUAGAUAAAUCACGGAAUCCUUCAAAUACUUUUGAAAUUGGAGAAGAUGAUGAAGGGGUAUUGAAUGUUCCACAGCGAAUACCUUCAAAUAAAACACCUGGUAAUGUUGCUGCUAGGAACAGUCUUGAAUUGAAAGUUAAUAUAUCACCAUCAUCAUCAGGUUUGGGUCCUGAUCAGUAUGAUAAAGCAAGACAGAACUGGGAUAAUGAAGAAGGGGAAGAUAGAUACAAUACUGCCCAGCCAGACUGGCCAGACCAGAAGGGACUAUUGGAAUCUGUUGGUGAGGAACUGUGGAACAGGGGUCACGAUGGUAACUUCAUCUUUAAUAAUGAUGAAAAUGUACCAGUAUCACAACAAUCUACCUUGCAAGUAAAACCUCCACCACUGCCACCUAAGCCAAACAUAAAUGAGGGUUAUCAAGACACUGACCAAGAUGAAGAUGAAGAAGUAGAUGAAGGUCCGGAUCGAAAAUUAUUAGAGGAUGGCACCAAGACCUUAGUUCCAAACACACAACUACCAACAGAAAUGGAUGACAGACCUCCAGAUCUGCCCCCAAAACAGAGCAGAAGACAUCCAAAUGGUGCUAUUCCUGGGAUAGGAAAUGGAAGUGCUGUUUCAAUGGAAGAAUUACCACCUGUUUUACCUAGAAGAAAGAAAGAACUGGAUAAGACUUCAUCUGGUCGACCUGUCAGCAAUGGUCUCCCUCCUACACCUAAAGUACAUAUGGGAGCCUGUUUUUCCAAAGUGUUCAAUGGAUGUCCUCUCCGUAUAAACUGUACAGCAAGCUGGGUACAUCCUGAUACAAGAGAUCAAUAUCUAUUACUUGGUGCUAAUGAAGGCCUGUACACAUUAAACUUGAAUGAGAUUCAUGAAUCAUCACUAGAAUUGUUACAUGCCAGGAGAUGUCUGUGGGUUUAUGUGAUAAAAGAUAUCUUGAUGACAAUAUCAGGUAAAACCCCUCACCUGUGGCGACAUGAUUUGAUGAUGAUACAUUCGAAACAGACAAAUAGGUUUUCUUUACCUAUGAACAAAAUACCAGAAAAAUUAGUUCCAAGACGGUUUACACCAACGACAAAAGUACCUGAUACAAAAGGCUGUAGUAAAUGUUGCGUGGGAAGAAAUCCCUACAAUGGAUACAAGUAUCUGUGUGGAGCUUUGCCCACUGGGAUCAUACUCAUGCAGUGGUAUGAACCACUCAAUAAGUUUAUGUUGUUAAAAACAUUUGAUUUUGAUGAAAUGCCACUGGAUUUAACAGUGUUUGAAAUGUUUAUCUCCCCUGAAUUGGAAUACCCGAUGAUUUGUACGGGUAUAAGGAAAGGGCAAGAUAGAAACCAUGUACAGUUUGAUGUGAUAAAUUUGAAUUCAAAUUCCAGUUGGUUUAUGGAAUGUAACGAAGGAGAAGCUUUACCUGUAGUUAAUGUUACCCAGUUAGAGAAAGAUACAAUUCUAGUCUGUUAUGAUAAAUUUGUAAAAGUUGUUAAUAUGUCAGGAAAGUUAAAGUCAAGUAGAAAACAAGCAGCAGAGUUACAUUUUGAUUCUACUGUGCAGUCAUUAGUUUGUUUACAAGACAGUGUUUUAGCCUUUCACAAGCAUGGGAUGCAAGGAAGAAGUUUUAAGGCCAAUGAGGUAACUCAAGAGAUCUGUGAUAAAAGUAGAACAUUUAGAUUGCUUGGUUCAGACAGGGUUAUUGUAUUACAGAGCAGACCAACAGACGAUCUUAAUGCAAAUUCCAAUCUAUAUGUACUGGCAGGACACGAAAAUAAUUUCUGAUUGUAUAAUUUAUUCCUUUUUUUGCAUACAUAUCUGUCAAUCAGUUUUAUUGCUGCAAUUUUACUUUUGCCUGUGAUGAUCACAUUGACUCUAUUUUAUUGCUCACAGGAUUUUAUAGUUCCAACCAGUAUAGUUAUUAAAUUCAAUUUUCAACUUUAAUUGAGUUUCGACAUUUAAAAUUUCGAAUAAGGGAAGAUUCUUAUUAGUUGGGAAAUUUUGUAAAGUCCAGUAACAAAUGGGGAAGAGUAAAACUUUGGAAAUAUUUGAUGUUAAGUGCCAGAGGUUUUAAUAUGUUUCAGGGCAGUCCAUACAGUUUCAGAUAAUAUUGUCAUUAAGUGAUUUUCAGAUAUAUUGUACAAGGAGAUAAAAAAGAAUUAAAGAAUUAAAGAAUAAACCAUUAGUUGCCAUGCUAAAAAUUGAGGUUUAAAAUAAAAACUUUUCAUAAUUUUGUUAUGUGAAAUUUUCUUGAAACUUUGAAAUUUUUAUAAACUAGUAUUAAUGGCAAUAACAUAGUAAAAUUAGUUUAUUUUACAGCUCCCCAAUUGUCACCUCAUAUUUUAAAGGAAAAUCAUUUUAGCACAUUUAGAAAUGUUUAAUGACUUGCAUCUCUUGCAAAAUUCAACAUGCCAUGCAAACAAAAAAACAACUUGACAGAAUACAAAUAUUUUUCUCCUGGUAUAACAGAAAUUCAAAAUGUUUGUAACUUAUAACUUAUUUGAUGGAUAAUUUUGUGCUAUGUAUUGUUUCCAAAAUUUAUUUUUGUGAUUAGAUUCCAUUAAUAAGACUAAUAAUCAUAAAAAAAAUAAAAAACCUGAACAUUGAAUGUUUAUCUUUUGUGUACCAGUUAUCUCCCUUGACUGUGUAAUGAUUCCACUUUUUAGUUGCUGAAUUCAUUAUUGUGUAAACUAUAUUAUUGAAUGAUCUUGUACUGUGGAUUCAUUUAUUUUCAUGGGUACUAAUUUUCAUAAAUUGAGGGAAAUCUGGAGUUUGGUGGAUAUUUGAUUACAUGGUAGUCUGUAUACAAGCCUUUACAAAAUUUAUACAUCGCUGAAAUUUAUAUAUUCAAGGGUUACAUUUACACAUGAAAUCCACGAAAAAUUGGGUCCCAAAAAUAAUAAUGAAUCCACAGUAUUGCAUAUAAAAUCCACCAUUUUUCAUCCUAAUUAUGUGAAUGUUUGUUCUUGCUCAAAGUGUAACAGACCUUAGUACUCAUUUAAAAUUUUGCGACUUUCUUACUGCUACCGGAUACUUUCAUCAUAUAUUGUUAAUUAUUUUACAAUUUAUAUACUGUUCAAGAACUACACAAUGAAUGAUUAGUUGAAAUAUAGUUUGUAGUCAUUACCUGAUGUAAAGGGAAGUUUAACCAUGGGGUCUGGAUGUCCAUUUAAAUAUAUCAGACUUUGUUUUAAUCAGUAUUAUAAGGACAUUGAAUAAGAAUUUGAUGUCAAUAGAUUUUCAAGACAACAACUGUACUUUUUUUUUAUUUAUGAAAAUUUCAGUAUAAACCACCAUACUCUCUCAUUCUCCUGCCACACAUUUUAAUUUGCUGCCCUCAUCACAUAUACUUAAUAUUGCUUUAAGUAAGCUUGUAUGUAUCCUGUCGAUGAUUCACUAGUCUAGUCCAACAGUGGAUCUGUUAUUGUCAUGGUAGUUUUGUGUUAUAAUGUGAUUAUUUUAUCUAUGAUUAGCUAUUGAUUUUAGACCUGUAAUUUUGUUUUCUGUUUGUUUAGUUAUUUCUUACAAAAACAUCAUACUUUUGGUUCAUAGAAAUUUUACUUUUUAUCAAAUUUGGAUAAUGUUUUGUGCCUAGCCAAUCAGGCUAAUUAUUUAUUUAGAUUUUUUUCCAAUUCUAUUGGUAUUGGCUGGUCUCAUUACAGCAUCUGUUAAUUUUAUUUUUAAGCAGAAUUUUAGGCUUCAUACUUCUCUUAUUCAUGCUUCAGUGAAUUUGGAAUUUUUAUGCUGUAAAAAAAUGUUAUUUUUACUGAGUUUUUAGGUUCCUUAAAACCACUGAUAUAUUGAAUUUGGAAUUUUUAUGUUGUAAAAUUUUUUUACUGAGUUUUUUUUAGGUUCCAAAAGACCAUUUAUAUUUAAAAAAAAUUUCAUUUGUUUGAAUUUAAUUUUUUGGGGGUUAGGCAUGUUUUUGUAUCUCAUUUGUUUUAAGCUCACUUUGCAUAAAUGACCAUGUGAACUUUUGUCAUUACUUGACAUCCAUCUAUCUGUCCUUUGUUGUAAAUCUUUUCCUUUGAAAUUACUUGGCCAAAUGUAACCAAAUUUACUUAGGAAAUUGAAGUUUAGAAAUUGUAUUUGGGAUUUGGCUGUUGUUGCUAAAAAUAGGACAUAGGGCUGAAAUGCAGUUUUUAGCUUCCAUCAUUAAAACUAAAGCAGGUAGAGCAAAACUGAUAUGGGUUAAAAUGAUCAGCAGGUCAAGGUCUAUCACCCAUAAAAUUUUCAGGAAAAAGCAGACAAUCCAUUUGGAGUUCUUUAUUUGCAAAUUUCAAAGUUUUUGGUAAUUAUCUUGAAAAACUAGCAGAUAGAGAGAAAUAUUAAAAGGGCAAAAAUGACCGUAACAAAAAGAUCUAUAUAUAAGCCAAACUUGACAAAAAAUAUUUCAAUUGACCCCUUAUAGUUGUUACCUUUGAAUGAUGAAGUUUACCCUUUUUGGAAAUUUUUUGCUAGAAACUAUAGUACCGGUAGAUAGAAAGAAUUCUUCAAUAGUAAAAAUUUUCAGCAUUAUAAGAUCUACAAAUAAGUCAACAGGGGCAAAAUCGUCUAAUGGAGUUAUUGCCCUUAGAAGACAUUUUUUACCAAUUAAUGCAUUUUUUGCAGAAUCUUUAAGAUAGAAAAAAAUUGUUUAAGCAAAAUGUUCACCAAAUAAGAGUCAUUGCCCUUGCAAGAUGAUUAGUCCCCUACCGACGAAGUCGAAGGGGACUUUAGGUUUGCAUUCUGUCUGUCUGUCUGUCCAUCCGUCAGUCCUGCAAAUCAGUUUUCCACACUUUUUUUCUUCAUGCUUGAAGAUAUUGAUUUGAUAUUUGAUGUAUUGUUUUAUCAUGACAAGUUACAGAUCAAGUUUGAAUUUUGUUCCAGUCUGAUGAUUUUGUGCAGAGUUAUGGUCCUUGGACUUAGAAAAUUCACUCAAAUAAUCAGUUUUCCUCACUUUUUUUCGUCAUGCUUUGAAGAUAUUGAUUUGAUAAUUGGUUUAUAGUUUCAUCUUGACAAGUUACAGAUCAAGUUCAAAUUUUGUUCUGGUCUGAUGAUUUUGUGCAGAGUUAUGGUCACUUAAAUAAUCAGUUUUCCACACAUUUUUUUUCGUCAUGCUUACCAUGACAAGUUAAAGAUAAAGUUAGUAUUUUGUUCCAGUACAAUGAAUUUUUAACUGGUAGGGGACUAUGUAUUGCCAUGCAAUACUCUCAGAAUGCUUGUUUUUACCCACUUUUGCAGAAACCAUGGUGGAUAGAGAGAAUAGUAAAUAGUGAAAAUGUUCAGCAAAAUAAAUUAUUUGUUGUUGAUUAUACGCUAUGUAUUGAAAGUAAAUGUAGAAUAAGAUACACACAGGACUUAGUUUGAUAUAUAUGCAUGCAUUGGUUCAAUAUUUUUCUUAAUGUUAUAAUCACCAGAAGCUUGUUUCAAAUGACUCUAAUGAUUUGCACCUCUUUUUCUGAAACAAACUGACUUUAGAAUUGUUACAACAUCAGACAUUUUUAAAUUCUCUUUUUUCUUUUAUAUGUACAAUCAUGACAUUAUAUCCUUGUGGUGCCAUACUUCAUAAAUUUCAUUGUAAAUAAUACCUGUAUCUGUAACAUGAUAGUAAUUCCUUGUAAAUAAAAGAAAUUUUCUAAUUACAGACAAGACACCAUGUCUUUGUAAAUGAUACUUACACCUGUAAAUGUACAAUAAAAUGUGUGGCAGAAUAUUGUUCGGUUUUACGGAUCAAAUGUUUCCACAUAUAAUGGUCGGUAGCUUAAGGAUUUUCUCAGCUUCAUUGGUGCAGGAAAAGUGGUAUUAAACAUUCCACUUAUUCACUUGUAUUUUGUUUUUAGAUUUUCAUGCAAAUAUAUUUCAGAUGUGAUGAUGGUAUUAAUUUCUCACUUUAAGAGACAAAACCACAUAAUAUAUUUCUGUGCUAACAGUGCUUAAAUUAUUUUGUAAAAAAAAAAUUGGCUAAAAGUUGUAUAAUACCAUAUGCUGUUACAUAAAACCAUAACUUCGUUAGAUAAAUAUAACCACAAUCGUUACGUACAAUGUGUUAAUGUUUGAAAUCAUAUUGUCAAAUACCCAAUUUUCUAUAUUGUCAUACCUCCCAUAAAGAUAUGGAAUCUAAACAAUCUAAUUGGAUGGCAAUCAUAUAAUAGACAUCAAUCUGUAGGAUUGCAGUUCAUUUUUAUCAGCAUUACCACUGUUAAUCAGAGUCAUCAAAUUAUUGUUCAUGUGAAUUUUAUCAAUAUGUAAGCUAUAAGGAUUAUCACCCCAAAAAUAUACUAACAUGUAUGAUUGAUUGAUUGAUUGUUGUUUGCUUAACGUUCAGUGGCAAUACAUGACGAGAUAUAAUUUAUAACAUAACAACCAUAGAUGUCUAUAGUGCAAAUAAAAAAAAAAAAAUUUCUUUCCGUUUUACCGGUAUAUGAAAGUUGCAAAAGGUGAAACAUUGGUGUAACUUUUCUUGCUAUUGGAUUUACAAUUGUUAAUACCUUUAUAUAUUGUGGCCUUGACUUCACUUUCAUGUUAAAGAAGUCAGGUGAAGUUUUCUAGUUUAGCUUCCUCAAACAACCUGGUUAACUGUAUCAAUGUUACGGUAAUUGAUAUUUUUGUGAGUCAUUGUAAAUAGCUUUUCAAUCUUACAUAUGGUAUGUCUUACUUAGUGGUUAUGUUCAGGUGUCAAGAUUACCACAGUUACUCAGAGUGCUGUAAAGAAUGUUCAUUCAGCUCUUGCCCAUUAACCACUAAAAUGUUCCUCACUCAUAAACCACUAUAAUUUUCCUCGCCAAUUAACCACUAAAGAAAUAAUCAUACAGCUCUCAUCCAUUAAUCACUAUUCAUGCAGAUCUCAAAUAUAAAGUAAAAAAUAUUCCUACAGUGCUCACCUUGGAUGUGUAUGACAAAUGGUGUAAUUUGGUAUAGUCUGGUUUGUUCAGUAUUAUAAAUAGUAUUUAUCGCUUUUUUUGGUAUUUUUCCUUUGAUCUUUUUUUGUGAUAAUUUUUCAUAUCAUGCUACGCGAUUGAGAUAGAAAAUUAUCGCUAGAAACUAAGGAUGCACAUGCCUUGGUCAAUGUAAACAUCAAUGUCAUAGGCAAAAUAGCGAUAAACAGAUUAUCAAUGGCCUUUCAAACUCUAGGAUGUGUCUCUGCCAUAUCUCAUCUGAGAAACACCCUCUUGUUUGAAAAACCAUCAAUAAUAUAUAAAUAUAUGUUUCAACAUUAUAGGACACCAUAUUCUUUGAAUAUAUAAUUGCUGUUUUAAAGCCUGUGCUAGGAAAACUAAUAGAAGCUUGAAAUGAAUAUAUUAUUAAGAGUCUGAUAUUUGAAAUUAUUUCUGGCUUCCUCCAGAUUUUCCUGGAAUAUCCAUGUUUGGUUCAAUGAGUGUAUUGCUACUUUGUUAAUACGUUUGGCUUAUUAAAUUGUACAUGACAUUUCAGUAAUAUUUCCACAAUGAAAUAUUUCAUAUUUGCUUUUCAAUUAAAAAUGGGUUUAUUUUCACAAAAUUGUUCUCAUAAAAAAAUUGUCAAUAUUUAUUUAACAUUUUUGAAACUCAAAACUUAUAACCCUUUCAUUUGAUCAUUUGCAGAUUGAUUUGUGAAAAUGACACUACUGAUUAAACAUGCCUUAAGGUUCUGAAAUAAAUCAAUGUUACUGACUUUGUACAGUUAUAUAAAUUUCCAAUUAGAAUAAUUUAAAUGGAUUCUAUAUGAUUAUUUUUUUAAGUAACAAUGAAUGUGCAAUAUUUUGAGAGAUACAUAUUAUUAUGAUAACAAUAAUUUUAUUUGUUUAUGGUUUACAUUUAACCUUGCAUGCUGUAGUACUGUUAUGUAGAGAUAAUUAACAUGGUUAUAAGUUAUUAUUUUAAUAACACUAAUAUUUCCAUGAAAGAGGGGCAGGCACCAAAAAAAAGAUGGCUCUAAGUUGCAAGGAAUAAAAAAGAGGUGGCGGGAGAAGAGAAUAGUAGCAGACUGCUUCUUUGGAGAAAGAUGAAAUGCCUGACAACCCCGAAAAAAGGACAAAAAAUAUUUGUAGGAAAAAGUUGUUAUGUUUUACUUGAAUGGGCAUUUCCUGAGAAUAUAUGUAUAGAUGAAUAAAUGAAUAAAUAAAUAGUGAUAGAAAAUAAUACGCACUGUACAGAAACGUUUCAUUUAUUCAUUUUUAUUUUAUUUUUUUAAUAUCAAGUUUCUUAGGUUUUUAAAACUUCAGAUUACAUUCACAUACACAAAUUAUAACAAGAAUUAACUAAUUUUCUUUCAUGGAUCAUGCUGUUUAUUUGCACAGAUACAUGUAAUUUACAUCUAUCGUAAUAAAAGAAGUUUACAUGAAUCAUCUAUAAAACUAGUAUUUAUCUAUCUCUUAAUUUCAUGGAAUAAACCCUCACAUUUUUGUUAUGUACAUAACCUAUAUUUAUUAAAUGUGCACAAAAUAUUGCCUGUUUCCUGAGUUGAAAUACUGCUUCUGUAAAUCAUUGUUAGAAUGCAAAUGUCAGUAAUAACACAGUCCUUACUCCUUCUGGAGAAGAAGUGUAGUAAAUCAUAGUUAGAAUGACACUGUCAAUGCCAAAAUAAUCCUUACUCCAUCUAGUGGCAGAGUGAGGAUAGAUAAAGUAUUUGUCUGGAAAGUUGUCAGAAUUGUGAAAAUUAAUGUUAUAGAUAUAAAACAAAAUUCAUCCUUGUUCAAAUUGUAUAAACUUUUCUUUUUUGUUCAUGUUACUUGGCGAGUUGUAAUACCAAACAUUCUACAUGCCUGAAUGCAUAUGUCUUAUUUUCACAUUAAAACCAUUUACUUUUAAUGUA